AUGGCUCCAUCAACAUCUAAGGAGAAGAUGAAACAGGUUAGUAGUGGUAACUAUAUUUCCGAUGACAUCGCUUUCUUCAUUCUCUCUAAGCUUCCUGUCAAGUCUAUUAAGAGCUUUUACUGUGUUCGCAAAUCAUGGUCAUUGUUACUUGAAAACCCUAAUUUCUUCAAAAUGUUCCGCGACAAUCUCAUUUCCAAAUCUCAUCCACUCUAUGAUGAUGCUUGUCUCAUUCUUAACCAGUAUCUCCGUUCUGAUGAUUAUUGGAAACUUUAUUUUCUUUCUGGUGACAAGUUUCAGAAUCGAGUUCUUCUGUUAAUGGAAUUCUUUGUAUAUGUGGCAUUGAUCAUUAUGGUGCUAAAAAUACUAUUGUGGAACCCAGAGAUUGAUCAAGUUAAGGUCAUUCCUUCCGGUAUUGCUGAGCUUCCACCUAAGGUUAGGAGUGAGAUUAAGCUACAUGGGUUCGGUUAUGAUCAUGUUAGGAAUGACUAUAAAGUCAUUCAACAUGUGGAUAUGAUUACAUUUAAUAUUACCCCUUGGGAUGUUGUGAAGCAAGAGCCUUUCUGGGAGAUUUAUAGUCUUAAAAGUGAUUCCUAG